AUGUAUGAAGCAAAUUACUCUGAAGUGUCUCAAUUUGUGUUCCUGGGAUUUUCUGCCUCUAGACCAGUGCAGCAUUUCCUCCUUGCCUUCUCUACAGCAUUUUAUGUAAUAAUUGUUCUGGGAAACCUUCUAAUUGUGUUUGUAGUGACCUUUGAUCCUCAUUUACAUUCCCCCAUGUACUUCCUUUUAGCCAAUCUCUCAUUUAUUGAUAUGCAUCUUUCUACUUUAACAGUUCCUAAGAUGAUUUCUGACUUGUACUCUGGGCACAAAACCAUAUCCUUCCAGGGGUGUGUCGUUCAGAUAUUUGUCCUUCACGUCCUGGGUGGAUCUGAGAUGGUGCUGCUCAUCACCAUGGCCCUGGAUCGAUACAUUGCCAUAUGUAAACCCCUCCACUACCUGACUGUCAUGAACCCACGGAUGUGCAUUUUGCUUGUAUCUGGUGCCUGGGUUAUUGGCCUCCUUCACUCAGUGGCCCAGUUAGCUUUUGUCGUUCAUUUGCAUUUUUGUGGUCCUAAUGAGAUAGAUAGCUUUUACUGUGAUCUACCUCAAUUUAUUAAACUUGCCUGCACAGACACUUACAGAAUGGAAUUCAUGGUUACUGCCAACAGUGGGGUCAUUUCCAUGGGCACCUUUUUCUUAUUGAUUAUCUCCUAUGUCUUUAUCCUGGUCACUGUAUGGAAACGAUCUUCAGGUGGUUUAUCCAAGGCCCUUUCUACUCUGUCAGCUCAUAUCACUGUGGUGGUUUUGUUCUUUGGACCAUGCAUCUUUGUUUACAUGUGGCCAUUUCCCACAGUGUCAGUGGAUAAGUUUCUUGCCAUUUUGGACUUUAUGAUUACACCCAUCCUGAAUCCUGCCAUCUAUACACUGAGGAACAAGGACAUGAAGACGGCAAUAAAGAGACUGAGUAUUCAACUCUUGAAUUUGAGGAAGCUCUCCUAA